GAGGAGAAGACAAGUACUGUGCUACAUCUUUAGAGUCCUUGAUUGAUCUUACUGUUUCAAGGCUAGGAAAAAAGAUGCACGUCCUGUCAACUGAGGUUGAGAAGGAGACAAAAGUUGAAAAGUUCACUAUUGGCAAGGGCAUGAAGAAAAUAGGAGAGAAGGAAAUAGUUUGUCACAAGUUGAAGUACCCAUAUGCUGUGUUUUUCUGCCAUUCACUGGAUAAAACAGAUGUGUAUAAGGUUCCCUUGAUUGGUUCUGAUGGGACCAAAGUUAAGGCGACAGCUGUAUGUCACAAAGAUACGUCAACUUGGAACCCCAGACAUUUGGCAUUUCUGGCCCUGAAAGUUAAACCAGGAUCUGUGCCAAUUUGCCAUUUCCUAGCCAAAGAAACCAUUAUUUGGGUUCCCAACUGAAGUUCUGAAACAUCAGCACAAGGGCUGUCUUUGUUUGGAUGUUUACAGAUGAAUAGGUUAUGCAAAAUCUUAAAUAAGUUGAACCUCUCAUCUCCUUGUUCUAAGUAUGUUGUCUAAGUAUGUUGGCUGCUUGUAAGAUUUAGGUUUUCUGGUUUGGAAAAUAAAUGUCAGGAUCUCACUUAUCUCCUGGCUUGUUACUGUAUUUUCUCCAAUGUGCUACUUAUAUGUCCUUCCUAACUUUAGCACUUCUGCUUCCGUAAUGUAUGUAAAGCCAGAGAAAAAAAAAAAAAAUGUGUUGGUUU